UUUAGCCGUCCUGACUCCUGUCUGAGGAUCUCAUCGAUGAAACCACAUAAUUUUCAACACUUUUGGUUGACUUGUGAGGAUAAUUUCAGGUGAGAUCAGCCAAGUAUGACUCCUCAUCUUGGUUUCUUCCUAAUUUUAUAUGUUUUUCUGUCAACUUCAAUGACCACAUAGCUGAAAUCCUUGAAUAUUAAUUAACUAGGAGAACAAUAUUUCUUUUAAACCUAAUCAGGGAUAAUUCUAUGCCAAGAUUCCACAUGUCACCACUUUAGUUAGGUCACAUGCAUUCUCAACAAGUUCGGAAGUGAACAUUAAGUAUACCAAAGCCUGAUGAAUUGCACCUGGCCACAUUCACUGUGGAAUCGUACGUAUCAUAAAUACUAUUAUAGAGUUUCAUAGUUUUGCACACUAACUUCAGCAGCAGCAGCCGCAGCCGCCAUGGCCUCUCUCUCUGAAUUCUGCUCCCACCUAUGUACCAUGACCAUAGUUUUCCUCAGUCUUCUACUCCUUGAGAUUGUAAUUUUAAUCCGGUCGGUCAUCGGAAGCACCUUGAAGUCCGAUAAACCAAUAAUUAGCACCACUCAGUACCUUAGACACAUCGAAGAAAAGAAUCCAACAAUUUCUUACAGUAAACAAUUGAUGAGGCAGCAAGAUUCAAUAGAAUGCGCAGUAUGCUUGUCCGAAUUUUCGGAAGGCGAAAGUGUAAGGAAGUUGAAAUGCAAGCAUACGUUCCACAAGGAUUGCUUAGACGAAUGGUUGCAACAAUGUUUGGCUACAUGCCCACUUUGCAGAGCUAAGGUUUUGCCGGAUGAGAUCUUAGCCAAGUAUGAUCGGAUGCAGAGUCAGGUAGAGUAUGAUGGGAGUGAUGAAGAGAUGAUCUUCAUGUUAUCUGCUCUAUAUGGUGAUUAAAUUUCUAGUGGAAAUCAAAUGAAGCUCUUUCCGGAUUUCAUAUGCUGCCAAACCUUAGUAUAUCCAUGAUUUUAUGAUAAAGAAGAAAGGUCCAAUUUUGAUGCUGACCCACAUCAGUUCUUGUUGUUUGUUUGCAGACCAUAGAUACUUAUCUUCUUCUAAGGUGGAAACGUUUUUGUCCCGGGUUUUGGAAAAUUAUGUACAUUUGUAUACCCCUUCGGUAAUCAAAGAACUUUUUACUGGAA